UUCAGGAAAAAAAAUUAUCUUUAUAUUGUUUUUUUUAAGUUUCAUAAAUAAUAAUAUGUUUAUUUAUCUUAGUAAAAUCAGCAACAAGAAAAUCAUAGAAAAUUUUGCUUCUGUGUUUGUGAAAUUCAAGAAAUUCAGUCAACCAUUAAAUUAUUUACAAUUAAAAAGUGCACGGCGUUUUAAUCUAAAGUACAUCAACAUGUUUAACAAUAAUUGGAAUUGGAAUAAAUCGGAGUACUUUGGAAAUAAUUUUGGCAAUUAUGAUGGCCAAAGAUAUAAUUCUUUUGGAAGUUAUUUGGAAGGAACACCGGCUGCACCUUUAAAAUUUGGAUGCGGCGAGCUUAGAGCUAACCACAAGAAUGAGUAUGUGGAACUUUCUGGUAAAUUUUCUAGACGUCGGGUUGGAAGAUUUUGUGAUUUGAAGGAUAAUACGGGACAUUGUCAACUAGUAAUAGAAGAACAAAAAUACCCAAGAAUAGCAAAAAGAUUUGCAAACUUGCCAAUGGAUGCCCAUUUGACAAUUCGUGGAACAGUUUAUCUUCGGCCCAGCAAAAGUAUUAAUGAAACGUCACGUACUGGAGAAGUGGAAGUUGGUGUUGAAGAGAUUGUAUUAGUAGAUUUAUCACGAAGUCAAAGAGGAGCAAAAAAGAGGUCCCAUAGUGUAAUGGAAGAAGGUGAAAUGACUGGAGUUACCAGCACAGAAUAUAAAAUUUGCAAAACUGAUAACAUGCUUAAAUAUUUUGAAAACAGAGAUUUAACUUGCAAUGAUUUAAACUUGAAACAUGUUAGUCAAGAAGUGCAGCUUGUGGGAUGGAUUCAAAAAGGAAAAAGCAGUAAAUUUCAGCAGUUAAAGGAUGGUUAUGGACAAACACAAAUUGUUUUGGAAAAUGAAGAUAUUAAAUCAAUAAUUGAUAGUUUACCUACCAAUACAGUGAUUCAAGUUAAAGGAAAAGUCUUGGCUCGACCUAAGGGAAAUGUUAACGUCGUUUAUCCAACAGGUCACAUAGAAGUUCAUGUUAUUUCAGUAAAAGUUGUAGAUCCUGAAGAACCGUAUAUCGGACCAAUAAAAAAAAAAAUCACUAAAAUGUCGAUUGAUGAUGUUUGCGAAACUUCAAACGAGGACUCUAAAGACGAUGAUGAUUCAAAUAAACCGAGUAAGGAUAAAGUGGCCAAUACAAACAAAUUUACAACCAGAACUCAUAAUUGCGGUGAGCUUAGAUCGCAUAAUGUAAAUGAAGUAGUCACAUUAUGUGGAUGGCUGGAGUUUCAAAGAAUGAACAAGUUUCUAGUUUUAAGAGAUGGAUAUGGUCAAACUCAAAUAAUGCUAAAUGAAAGCGCCUCAAUUCCUGAAGAAGUCCCAUUUGAAUCAAUAAUAAAAGUAGUUGGUAAGGUUGUUCCGAGGCCAACUAAUAUGAGAAAUCCAUCAAUGAAAACUGGAGACAUUGAGGUAAUUGCGGAAUCUGUUGAUAUAAUAAAUGAAGCUAUAAAGAAUCUCCCCAUUGAAGUACGAAAUUUCAACAGAGCUAGAGAAAAUUUAAGAUUGCAGCAUCGAUAUAUUGAUUUGAGGUUUUCCGACAUGCAACAAAACCUCAGACUUAGAUCGAAUGUUAUCAUGAAAAUGAGAGAAUAUUUAAUAAACUUCUUAGGGUUUGUUGAAGUUGAAACACCUACAUUAUUCCGAAGAACCCCAGGAGGAGCUCAAGAAUUUGUUGUUCCAACGCGAAAGCCUGGUCAUUUUUAUUCUCUGGUACAGAGUCCACAACAGUUCAAACAAAUGCUAAUGGCUGGCGCUAUCGACAGGUAUUUUCAAAUAGCAAGAUGUUAUCGUGAUGAAGCUACAAGGCCCGACCGGCAACCUGAAUUUACUCAACUUGAUAUAGAAUUGUCAUUCACAAAACGAGACGAUAUUUUAACAUUAAUCGAAGAAAUUUUAUAUUAUAGCUGGCCACAUGAAUUUUCUAAGAUUUCCAUUCCAUUUGCAAGAAUUUCCUACGACGAAGCCAUGUCUAAAUAUGGCUGCGAUAAACCAGAUACGCGAUUCGAAAUGACGAUGCAAGAUGUUACGGAUUUACUCACAAAAAAUAAAAAUUUGUCAAAAGAUAUAAUUAAUUUCAGAGCCUAUGCAAUACCAUGCACCGCUGAUAAAUCGUUUUUAUCAGCUUCUGUUAAGAAAAGAUUGGAAUCCAUAACUAAGGAAUAUGAGAAUGUAAAAUUCAUAAUUUCGAAGGUAAGAGACAAACAAAAUUGGAUACAAAGUCUAUCCAAACUACUUUCUAACGAAAUUUGUGGAGAAUUAUUCAAUAAAUUAAGAUUAGGGAACAAUGAUGUAAUUUUACUGGCAUAUGGCCCACAAGUGGAAACACAAACUAUGUUGGGUGAAAUUCGUUUAGAGUAUAUGAACAUACUUGAAGAAAAUAAGAUUGUUCCAAAAAGAACAAAUAAAGAUUUUAAAUUUCUUUGGGUAACAGAUUUUCCUUUAGUCAGUUUUAAUGAUGAGACGCAAAACUGGGAAUGUGUUCACCAUCCAUUUACAGCUCCUACAGAAGACGAUGUAGACAAACUCUAUAAACCAGAAGAAUAUCACUUAAUAAAAUCUCAGGCAUAUGAUCUUGUUUUAAAUGGUCAAGAAAUCGGUGGUGGUUCAAUCCGAAUUCAUAAUAAGGAUAUUCAAAAAUUAGUAUUAGAAACAAUUUUAAAUAUUGAGCAUACCCAUCUUAAUCAUCUUUUGAGUGCAUUAGAAUCUGGUUGUCCACCGCAUGGUGGUAUUGCUUUGGGAAUUGAUCGCUUGUUAAGUAUUAUGUGUAACACCAAAAGUAUAAGGGAUGUUAUAGCUUUCCCAAAAUCUUUGAAUGGCAAAGAUUUAUUGUCAAAGGCUCCAGUUCCAAUUUCAGAAGAAGAAAUGAAUAUUUAUCAUAUACAAACAGUCACAGACGGAAAUGAAAGUAAUAAAGCAGAAAACGAAACAGACCAAGAAGAAGGAGGAGAAAAACAAACUGGAUAAAUAUAAUCAAAUUUUUUCUACUAAAAAUUAAGAUCAUAGUCAAAUAGAAUUUUUAAAGUAAAAAAACAUGCAUGUGAAAACGUUGUAAAUGGAUUGAUUCGCAAAGAAAACCUAUUUUUAAGAGUGUUGUACGGAUAAUUUUUUUUUUUUACAUUUUAACAAGUACAAUUUUUCUUAUGCAGUGUAUUUAACAAUUAUUUUUCAAUUUAUCGUGAAUUAUUAAUAUACCAUUAUACAUUUAUAAAAAAAAUUAAUCAUAUGUGUGUUUUAUACACAUACUUAGUUACAAAUAUAAGUUUUAUAAAUAAAUCCAAAAAUAUAAUAUUUGCAAAAUUAAAAAACAAAAUAUGUUUUUGAAAAUAAUUACCACAAUAUUUGGGGCAAAGAAUGCGUUCUAAAAGAAAAUUUAAUAAAGAGUUAACAAUAGCAUAAAAUUGAAAAAGUUUGGUAAGCCAUCAUUCAAAUUUUUUACGAUUUAUACUCACUAUCCAACAAUUUAUAUUUACUAAUUUUGCAUUUCUUAACUGAAAAGUACAGUUUCAAAGGAAUUUU